AUGUCAGUUGAAUACAAAGUGAGGUGCAUUGUACUAAUAAGUACUGUUAUAAUACCCACAUUAGUUUUCCCUCCAGGGAUGUAAACUGCCCAUGAGUUUUUCUUGUCUCAUGGAACAUAUUGUGAAGAAUGUGUUUGAUAUUGCACACACAAAUACAUUUGUGGCAGAAUCCAAUAUUAUAGCAUUUCAAUCAACCAAUCAUUCAAUCUAUUGAUCUCCAAUCAAUUGUAUCACAGUCAAUUAAAAAACUCACCCAUUUCCUCUGUUGAUGCCUACGUAUCUAAAAAGCAUAGAAUAAAAGCUGCAGACUGUACUAUCCAUAGAACUAUACCUAGGUUACACAAUGAUUUAUGGUGUACUUUUGUCUUUGCUGGGGGACAAAUAGUGAGGAGAACACAUACAUCUUUAUUAAUACCCAUGCCUCAGCAGAGAACCUCCAAGGGCAAUAGAAAUAUCACUUCACAUUAAAAUUAUUCAUCUUCACAAUCUCACAGUCUCUCUCCUGUCUACAAGACAAGACAACCCACCCAUUCCAUUCUCAGAGUCAGGGACAGGUAUCAUGCAACUACUUUAUGUGCAGCUUGGCCAACAUUUGAAUCACGAUCAAAUCCACACAGUAAAUGAUUAAAGAAACCAUAAUUACUCAUUUUUAAGCGGAUCUAAAAAUGAUAUUGUAGCCCCUAUAAUAAAUUCAUUUCCAGGGUUUCAACGUUCUUAUGUAGGUUCUGACGUUCCAUUGGUAGAUAAAUCGGUCUGUCAUCGUAGUCGUUGCGCGGGAUUGGUUAUUUAAUAUCCAACGGCUCAGCAGUCUUUGGCUCCUGUCGUACCUGUCGUUCUGUGAGAGGCUGUCGGUGUUUCCUGUGGUUCCGCCCAUUCCCUCCCAUCAGCAAUCAGUCACAUUCACUUUUGCAAGAGCGUGCUGUAUGUAAUGGUGGGUGUCACUGACAAAUGUGAAUAAAAAGCCGGUGGAUUUACAGCGAAGAUAAGGAGAGAAAAGCACGUCCAAUUAUAGGGAGUUGAACGGGAGUAAAGGGAGAUAGGGAAGCGUGCUCUUUCAAACCACGCAGAAUAUGGCGGAGCACCACACAGCCACUGACAGCAAGCACAAAGCGUCCUUGAAUGCCGGGGGCUCGCUGCAUGGUAACAGCCGACCUAACGCCGCGUGUGGAGGAGGGGGCAAAGGAGGCCUCUCUGGCGGACUGGCACAGCCAGCAGGGUGGCAGUCCUUACUCUCCUUUACCAUUCUCUUUCUGGCCUGGUUGGCAGGCUUCAGUUCAAGACUUUUUGCAGUGAUCCGGUUCGAGAGCAUCAUCCACGAGUUUGAUCCAUGGUUCAACUACAGGUCGACACAUCAUCUGACCACAAAUGGGUUUUACGAGUUCCUCAACUGGUUCGACGAGAGGUCGUGGUACCCCUUGGGGAGGAUCGUGGGGGGCACAGUAUAUCCAGGUUUGAUGGUCACCGCAGGCCUUAUCCACUACGUGCUAAACCUGCUGCACUUGACGGUGCACAUCAGGGACGUCUGCGUCUUCCUGGCUCCAGUCUUCAGCGGCCUGACGUCCAUCUCCACCUUCCUGCUGACGCGGGAGCUGUGGAACCAGGGGGCGGGGCUUCUGGCUGCCUGCUUUAUCGCAAUCGUGCCCGGGUACAUCUCCCGCUCUGUGGCCGGCUCCUUCGACAACGAGGGCAUCGCCAUCUUCGCCCUGCAGUUCACCUACUACCUAUGGGUGAAGUCAAUAAAAACCGGUUCGGUGUUCUGGUCCAUUGGCUGCUGCCUCUCCUACUUCUACAUGGUGUCAGCGUGGGGAGGAUAUGUCUUCAUCAUCAACCUGAUCCCUCUGCAUGUGUUUGUGCUCCUGCUCAUGCAGCGCUACAGCAAGAGGGUCUAUAUCGCUUACAGCACUUUCUACAUUGUGGGCCUGGUGCUAUCCAUGCAGAUCCCCUUUGUGGGCUUCCAGCCAAUCAGAACCAGCGAGCACACGGCGGCAGCAGGUGUGUUUGCACUGCUCCAGGCAUAUGCUUUGCUGCAGUACCUGAAGAACAGGCUCACCAAGCAGGAGUUCCAGAGCCUGUUCUUCCUGGGGGUGUCACUAGCUGCUGGGGUGUUGUUCCUCACCGUCAUCUAUCUCACCUACACUGGUUACAUCGCACCGUGGAGUGGACGGUUCUACUCGCUGUGGGACACCGGCUACGCUAAGAUCCAUAUCCCCAUCAUCGCGUCGGUGUCGGAGCACCAGCCCACCACCUGGGUGUCGUUCUUCUUCGACCUCCACAUCCUGGUCUGCACCUUCCCAGCAGGCCUCUGGUUCUGCAUCAAGAAUGUCAACGACGAGCGCGUCUUUGUGGCUCUCUAUGCCAUCAGCGCGGUCUACUUUGCCGGGGUGAUGGUGCGCCUGAUGCUGACCUUGACGCCGGUGGUUUGCAUGCUGUCGGCCAUCGCCUUUUCCAGCGUGUUCGAGCACUACCUGGGGGACGACAUGAAGAGGGAGAACCCUCCCAUAGAGGACAGCAGCGACGAGGAUGACAAAAGGAGCUCAGGGAACCUCUAUGACAAGGCAGGAAAGGUGCGCAAGCAUGUGUCUGAGCAGGAGAAGGCAGAGGAGGGACUGGGCCCCAACAUAAAGAGUAUAGUGACCAUGCUGAUGUUGAUGCUGCUCAUGAUGUUCGCAGUCCACUGCACAUGGGUCACCAGCAACGCCUACUCCAGUCCUAGUGUGGUGCUGGCCUCCUACAACAACGAUGGGACGAGGAACAUCCUGGAUGACUUCAGGGAGGCCUACUAUUGGCUGAGGCAGAACACAGACGAGCACGCGAGGGUUAUGUCUUGGUGGGAUUAUGGCUACCAGAUAGCAGGCAUGGCUAAUCGAACCACGCUAGUGGACAACAACACAUGGAAUAACAGUCAUAUAGCACUGGUGGGGAAAGCCAUGUCGUCCAAUGAGAGUGCAGCGUACGAGAUCAUGAGGAGUCUGGACGUGGACUACGUGCUGAUCAUCUUCGGGGGCGUGAUUGGUUACUCAGGCGACGACAUCAACAAGUUCCUGUGGAUGGUCAGGAUAGCGGAGGGAGAACAUCCCAAGGACAUUCGGGAGAGUGACUACUUCACCCCUCAAGGAGAGUUCCGUGUGGACAAGGCCGGCUCGCCCGUCCUGCUCAACUGCCUCAUGUACAAGAUGUCCUACUACCGCUUUGGCGAGAUGCAGCUGGACUUCCGGACACCGCCUGGGUUCGACCGCACCCGCAACGCCGAGAUCGGCAACAAGGACAUCAAGUUCAAGCACCUUGAGGAGGCGUUCACCUCGGAGCACUGGCUGGUGCGCAUCUACAAGGUGAAGAAGCUGGAGAACAGGGAGCCGCUGGAGCACAAGCUCCGCAGUGUCGUGCCCAGACAGAAGUACACCUCCAAAAAGCCACCAAAAGGAAAUGUUCAUAAAAUACUUCUAAGAGGAAGCGAGGACACAUCAGGAAUAAGCUGGUCCUGAAGAAAGGCAAGAAACUAAACAAGAAAUAAUGAAGACUGACAACAUAAAAAAAACACACAAAAAUGCAACUAGCAAAGAAGAAGAACGGCCAUUGUCUGGAAUGUUAGUCCUUAGCCUCGAGGGCUAGUCCUCUGAGCGCAGCAUCCUGUGUUGGGGAGGGUGAAGUGUCAUAUCUGGCUAGCCCCAGAACUUUUGUCCAUUUUAUCCAGAGGACUUUUUGUCUUGCUCUUUUUCUUUUUUGUACUUGAACGUGUGGCAAGGCACAGAGCUGCUGAAACCAGGGUGAGCAUACAUAUUGUGGUACAUUUUAACUGUUAUUUCUAGAGGGGGACAAAAUAAAGAGAAAGGAAACUGGGAGGCUGGGACAAUUGCACCAAAGAGCCCUUGAUCUUGCUCCUUGGCACAUGUCAAUGUGUUGCCGUUGAGUGAGGAGCCAUUUUGAAUUGAGGACGUGUUCCUGACGCCUGGUAUACGGUAAGGAACAAUUCCAUUGUCUAGGCACAGCUGAUCUAACUUUUUUUGGAAUCAUUUUUGUUUGGCUCUAAUUUGUCCUUACUGAGACAAUUCUUUAGAAAAUAAAAGGCCUAAUAUGUAAAUAUGUUAUGUAAAGAAAAUGUCAAAGGGUUAUAAUAUAUUGGAUUAUUGUGGUGAUUUAAAUACGCAGAUUUCUCUUACUUUGUUGUGAUGUUUUUAAUGGCAGCAGAUGGAACAGUGAAUGCAAUAAUAGUCCAUUAGGUGGGACUUGAGAUUUUGUUUGAAAAGAAUGUGAAUUUAACUUUCCCCCCUGAAAUUGCUUAGAUUGUAUAUUCUGCUGCUAGGUAUAAAAAAAAUUAAAAAAAAGCAAUUCUAUGUAAAAUGUAGUGAUUAUUAAUUAGGCCUCCAACCUGCAGGGGGCACGUUCUAGUCGGGUCUGUGAGCCUAGUGCCUCAUUGCUGGUCUCUUCAUCACAUGUCCAUCUGUCUACUCAGUCAUUUUUGCCGGUCCACAUACACACAUGCUAAUGCUGCAGAGUACGGUAAUGCAGGAAAGCUUAAGUGUUAAAUCUCAAGAUGGCUGCCAGUGAGGUGCACCUCUUGGCAUUGUACUGGGCCUGUUGUGAACAUAUGUGUGCAUGCAGGUGUGUGUGGGGGGGGGGAAGGUGAGACAGUCUACAUAUCAUAAACUUCAUAGGAAUACUUACAAAAAAAUCCUUGACAGUUUACUUCUCAUUUGUAUCGUUCGUUUGAUACUUGUCUUGCUUUUCCUUUACACACAGAAGUUAUUUCACCUUUCUUUGGAUAUAAAGUUGCUUUGUUCUGUCCCUUGAUCUUCUCUGCUUUCACUUCAUGGCCCUUCACACAAUGCCAUAUCGACCUUGCUCAAACAGAAACUCGUAUUUAUUUUCAUAACGUUAAAUGCUCCAUCUUUGUGGGGACUAAGCCUUAAUGUGAUAUAGAAAGUGUACAGGUUGUUUGCCCUCGUUGUUUUUUGUUGGGGAUGGACUUUUUCCUUUCUCCUCUUCUUGGUUCUCCAACUUUCAGCAGUGCAACACCUCUUCCUCACCACUACAUUGAUUUUAUUUGACUACCCCUGGUCCCCCUCAACUUCCAAGUAAAAUUUUUCUACAUUGUUGUUCAGUCAUGUUUAAAUGUAGACAAAAUAAAAGGUUCAAGUUUGUAAGAA